UUGAUGGUAUCAAUCCUUGACGUAUCCGCCGCUGAAGUGUGCUGAAGUAAAUCCGCUCAAAAGUCUCGAGUCAUUCGUUCGUUUUGUGCGUUCGGUUGAGUGGACAGGGAUCUUUGUGAAAUAAUGGAGGAAAUGAGUGUGAUUGUACCCGACAAGGAUGUAACAGAAAUGGACUGUAAGCCUAUAACUGGGCAUUAUACUGGUGCUGGAGAUGAAUUGGACAUAGAAGAUCUGUAUACAAAGUAUAAGAAACUACAAAGAAUGUUGGAAUUCCUUGAAGUUCAAGAAGAAUAUAUCAAGGAUGAACAACGCAACUUGAAAAAGGAAUACUUACAUGCUCAAGAAGAAGUAAAGCGUAUACAAAGUGUACCUUUGGUGAUCGGACAGUUUCUGGAAGCUGUCGACCAAAAUACUGGUAUAGUGGGGUCUACCACAGGUUCCAAUUAUUAUGUGCGCAUUUUAUCAACAAUCGAUAGAGAAUUAUUGAAGCCUUCAGCUAGUGUAGCGCUUCACAAGCACAGCAAUGCCCUGGUAGAUGUUUUACCACCAGAAGCUGAUUCUAGUAUUUCUAUGUUGCAAGCAGAUGAAAAACCUGAUAUACAAUAUAGUGAUAUUGGAGGUAUGGAUAUGCAGAAGCAGGAGAUUAGGGAGGCUGUGGAGCUACCUCUUACCCACUUUGAACUUUAUAAACAGAUUGGUAUUGAUCCACCCAGAGGUGUACUAAUGUAUGGUCCACCUGGGUGUGGUAAAACUAUGCUCGCAAAAGCUGUAGCUAGACACACUACAGCUGCAUUUAUUCGUGUAGUAGGUUCUGAAUUUGUACAGAAAUACUUGGGUGAAGGGCCAAGGAUGGUCAGAGAUGUUUUCCGUUUAGCCAAAGAAAAUUCACCCGCUAUAAUUUUCAUUGAUGAAAUUGAUGCUAUAGCCACAAAAAGAUUCGACGCUCAGACGGGAGCUGAUCGUGAGGUACAGCGUAUCCUUUUAGAGUUACUUAAUCAAAUGGAUGGUUUCGAUCAAACAACUAAUGUGAAAGUUAUAAUGGCUACAAAUAGAGCGGAUACCUUAGAUCCUGCUUUACUACGUCCAGGUAGAUUAGAUCGGAAGAUCGAAUUUCCUUUGCCCGACCGUCGGCAAAAGCGUUUGAUUUUCUCAACGAUCACCGCGAAAAUGAAUUUAAGCGAAGAAGUGGACUUAGAAGAUUACGUGGCACGACCAGAUAGAAUUUCUGGUGCAGACAUAAACGCGAUUUGUCAGGAAGCAGGAAUGCACGCAGUCCGCGAGAACCGCUAUAUAGUUUUAGCAAAAGAUUUUGAAAAAGGAUACAAAAAUAACAUUAAAAAGGACGAAUCCGAACACGAAUUCUACAAGUAAAAAGACGAAGAUAUAUUACCGCGUCACGUUCAUAUUUUAUGAUUUCAUAUGUACUUGCGAGUUAAUGUAUUAUUAUAAAUCUAAUAAUCAAUACACGUUUUCACAAUCA